AUGAGAGUGUAUGUCUUCUACCAAGGCAGCAAUUUCAUCGAGAGCUUCAACAGCUCGGACUUCAUCGAUGGCACAAAUUCGAAGGGGAGAUUCGGGCACGCUUUAGCCUCGUUGGGCGAUCUGAAUCAAGAUGGAUACGACGAUUUCGCCGUGGGGGCUCCUUACGACGGGCCGCACGGGAGAGGAGCUGUGUACAUCUUCUACGGGUCCAAGACGGGCAUAAGGAAGAAGUUCGGGCAGGUUAUCUACGCGGAGCAGAUCGGCGGCACGAGGGAUUAUUUAACUACGUUCGGGUUCUCGAUAGCCGGAGGUUUGGAUUUGGAUAACAAUGAAUAUCCAGAUAUGGCCGUCGGAGCUUAUCUAUCCAACAGCGCGUUUUUCUUUAGAGCUCGACCGGUGGUUUUCAUCGAUAGCGCCGUGAGAUUUUUAACGCCUAAUAAACGAAUCGAUCUGAAACAGAAAAAUUGCAAGUUGCCUAACGGGGAUGCGGGUACUUGCACUUCGAUCGAUUUUUGCAUCAAAUAUUUCGGUAAAGGGAUUCCGGAUCAAUUAUCUCUGAAUGUGGAGUAUUUGUUGGACACGAAAGCCAAAAUAAGCAGAAUGCGAUUCAAGAAGCUGGGAACGCAGACCUUCAACAGAACUCUGAUUCUGAGAAAAGAUGGCGUGGAGAGCUGUCGUACAGAAGAGAUCUACAUAAAGGAAGACAUUAGAGAUAAAUUAACACCACUCGAAGCGGAAGUUAAUUUCUAUAUGGUCGAUGACGAUGCUUUUUACCAACAACUGAGAAAUCCCUUGUCUCAAUUACGACCCGUGUUAGAUUUGAACAAUCCACCGUCCAGAAAAGAUUCCAUAACGAUACAAAAUAAUUGUGGAAUCGACAACGUUUGCAUACCGAACCUUCACCUUAACGUUACUUCAAACAUCCAAGAAUACUUGCUGGGUUCGAACACCACCAUAGAAUUCACCGUUAUCGUUUCGAAUUUCGGUCAAGAUUCCUUCGAAACUACAUUUGAAAUGACAUAUCCCGCAACUGGAAUAUUUUACAAGAAGAGCGUUAUAAAAAUACCAGGCAUGUCUUGUACAGAAACUAGUAACAAAACGGUUUUGUGCGACAUCGGAAAUCCAUUACCUAAAGAUAAAAUUGCCAAUUUCACUAUUUUCUUUCAACCGUACCACCAAGGGGGUUUCCCUAACCGCAGUUACGUUUUCGAUAUGCUGGUUAAUAGUUCCAAUCCAGAACUGCCUUAUACUUUCGAAGAUAACACUAAACAUAUCGAAAUCGACAUAUGGAUUGAUGCUACUAUAGAUAUUAAAGGUCAAUCUUAUGCUUCACUUCAACCUCUCUCCACCUACAACAACACGAUAUUCAAAGGCAGCAUCAAGGAUGUGACGAAAGAAACUGAUAUUGGUCCCCAAAUAACUCACGUUUACUAUUUAACGAAUAAAGGACCAUCGCAAAUACAAGAAGCCGAAGUGUUCCUCCUGUGGCCUUUGACCACUCUCAGCGGCGACGAUUUGCUAUAUCUUCUGGAACAGCCGAUUACCAAAGGAAACAUCAAAUGCGAUUUAUCUCCAUUGGUCAAUUACAGACACAUAAAGCUAGAACCGCAAUCCACCACUAUCUGGGACAAACUAAAAAUUGAUAUAUCAUCCUUCACCAGCACCACUAGCAGUUUCCAGACUGGCGAAAAACACGAAGGAGGCACCAUAGAAACUGGAACUGGUGUCGGCAGCGGUAUUGGAGUAGUAAACCAAAACACAAACCAAAUCAAUUCGGCCAUCAACACAUCAGGAGGGGACUCUUCCUUUAUCACCGAGCUACGCCACAACGAAACCAGUUCCACGUCCGAGCACGUUCAAACCUGGGGCACGAUGAACCCCAACGGGGAAUACGAAUACACCGUCAGCAAAUAUUACACCGUGAUGGAGAACGGUGUACCGGUGACCAAAUGGGAAAACACCACGACUAUUCGAGACGCGAACGGUAGAAUCAUCAGCACGUUGUAUCACAACGAUUACAACGGAUCCCAAACGGGUCAUAUGAAUCCUCUCAAUUACAUCGUAGGGCUCAAACAAGGCGAAUACGAACACAAAACAGCUAGGUACUUUACCACCUACGAUUCCGCCGGGAAUCCCACGACCAAAUGGCAAAACAAAACGGUCGUUACUGAUUUGAAUGGCAACGUUCUGAGAAGCUACAUUUGGGACGAUUUGACUGGAGAAUAUAAAUUAGAAACAGGUGGAUCUGACAGUUAUGCUCGAGAGGAACUCCUAAGAAGACAGCAACAAGAGAAAAUCGAAGAGGCGAGGCGCAGAAAAUUGGAAGAAGAAAGCAGGUACGAGGAAUUGCGGCGACAAGAAGAAAGAAAGUUAGAAGAACGAAAGAGAAUAGAAGAAAGAAAGCGGAUAGAAGAUAGAAAGAGGAUAGAAGAAGAAAGACAAAGAGAAGUGGAAAGACAAAGAGAAGAAGAAAGACAAAGAGAAGUGGAAAGACAAAGAGAAGCAGAAAGACAAAGAGAAGAAGAAAGAAUUAGAUUGGAUGAAAUUAGGAGGGCCGAAGAAAAAAGGAAAACGGACGACUUAAGAAGACAAGAGGAACAAAGAAGAAGGCAAGAACAGCAGUUGAGGGAAGACGAGUGGAAAAGGGAACAAGAAAGGAGAAGGUUAGACGAAAUUAGAAGACAAGGUGGCACUCGAUAUGACGACGAUAAACUAAGGGAGGAAGAACGCCUUAGACAAGAGGAAAGGAGCCGUCAACAAGCGCGAAUAGCCGAAGAACGAAGAAGACAAGAACAAAUACGACUAAACGAAGAAAGGAGGAGGCAAGAGCAAGCGAGAUACGAAGAGUGGUUGAAGCAGCAAGAGGAACAAAGAAGAACCAUCGACCAGCAAAGGCACCAGCAAGGAAGCACCAGCUGGUCCGAAGACGAGAGAAGAUACUACGACGAACGCAGGAGGCAGCACAGUCAAGGGGGUUCCAGCUCCGGUUCGAGCGGAAGUAAAGUAGUCACCGGCUAUUUCGACCAAGACGGUAAAUACGUAGCGAAAAAUCCAAAUGAGUUGGUGUUCAACAAAACGUACGUGUUCGAAUCCAGCACCACAAUUCCCAUAGACAUAUCCGGAGGCAAAACGUUUAUAGGCAACGGUGGCAAUUUCAACGACCUGGGAUCCGGUUUCACCGUGCAAACUCUAGAUUUGGGCAGCGGCAGCAGCUCGGGCUCCAACGCCGGAUCCCAAACCCAUGGACGAGAAUCCAGUAAUCAAGGCGGUUACAGCCGCGAAUGGCACUCACAAGGCGGUUACUCCGCCAGCGGGCAGAUUCCUCCCACGUUCACCUACAAUAACAUACAGAACGACCAUCCAUCCGGAUCGGCUAGAUCGAAGAGGCAAAUUUUAAGCGACCCCUACGCCGAUAUUAAAGCCCUGGUGAAAUGCAAUUCGACCAAGUGCAUUUACAUCAGAUGCGUCGUGGGUGCGCUAGAUAGGGAUCAAGACGUGCUGAUCGCUUUGAGAUCCAGACUGAACGUUAGAGGACUUAAAGAUCUUGCUGGAAGCGAUGAAGCGAUAAGAUUGUCCUCCAAGAUGGUGUCGGCUAUAACUGAUUUACCGUACGUAGAGCCGAUUAAGAAGGAGAAGCAAGUGUGGAAGGAGUACGAGAUAUUUACGGAAGUGCCUGCGAAAGAGGCCGAAUUGGUGCCAGAAGUGGCUCCGUUGUGGAUUUACGUUGUAUCCGCUGUAGCGGGAGUCGUUAUGCUGUUGUUGUUGAUAUGGCUUCUCAGCAAGUGUGGAUUCUUCAAGAGGAACAGGCCCUCGUCGGGACCGGAAAGACAGCCUUUGAACAGGAACGGUUAUCACAGCGGGGACGAAGCGCUGUAA